GCCAAUUGAUUAAACACCUGUAGAUGUAAACCUGAUUGUUAUAUUCCGGUACUGGACUCCCAUGUAACCACUGGCGUCAAUGACGCAACUCAAACAAAAAAUGGAACAAUUACAUUCCCAAUGGCAGGAAACAACAGCCACCGACCCCUGUCCCUGCUCUAGCGGGCUGGGCUGGCUUGAUCCACUCCUCUUUCCGUUAAAUUGUUCCAAUCCAAUUAAGUUGCCUCCAGUAAGUCAAUGGGCUGUCCUUCCUCAUCAGGGUCCCCACGCAACAACCGGUCGCAGUCAACAACAGUCUCUCUCCAUACCUCACUUCGCAACCUCGAUACCCGCUGAAGCCAUUCAAGCUCGACAAGAUGGCCACUACCACCACCAAACCCCCCUCUAACCACACCGCCUUAGGCCGCGUCCUCAUAAUCGGCGGCUGCGGCUUCCUCGGCCAUCACGUCGUCUCCCUCCUCCUACGCGACUGGCAAGCCCAAAUCAGCGUCAUCGACCUGCGCUGUGAGCGCAACCGGCGCCCGGCCUCCGACGGCGUGUCCUACCAUGAAGCCGACAUUACGGACGCCGACAACCUGCUCAAACUCUUCGGCAAGAUUCAGCCCGACGUCGUGAUCCACACCGCCUCCCCACCCGCGCAGGGCGGCAGCGCGGUGUCCGAUGCGUUGUUCCAAAAGGUGAAUGUCGAGGGAACGCGGGCGGUGGUAGCUGCGUGUCGUGGAGCGGGAGUGAAAGCGCUGGUGUUUACCAGCAGCGCGAGUAUCAUGAGCGAUAACAAGAAUGACCUGGUGAACGCGAACGAGACAUGGCCUGUGAUCCGCGGCAAGGAGCAGACGGAGUACUACAGCGAGACAAAAGCAGCGGCGGAGGAGCUAGUUCUGGCGGCGAACCGGGCCGAAGACGGCGCAGGCCUUUUGACGGUGUCGAUCCGGCCCGCGGGCAUUUUCGGUGAGGGGGAUGUUCAGAAUGUGUACCAUCUGGUCAACAUCUACAAACAGGGACGGACGAACGUCCAGGUCGGGAACAAUGAGAAUUUGUUCGAUUUCACCUACGUCGAGAAUAUAGCGCAUGCCCAUCUACUUGCAGCGCGCGCGCUCCUCGUCACAUCGCAGAGCCAGACGACGCCGCUGGACUACGAGCGUGUCGACGGCGAGGCGUUUAUCGUCACGAACGGCGAGCCCGUCUACUUCUGGGACUACGCACGGGCGAUAUGGGCGGCGGCCGGGAGCGACAAGGGAACGGCGCACGUGUGGACUUUGGGGCGGGAGAUGGGUAUGGUGUUGGGGCUGAUGAGCGAGCUGGUAUUCGCAGCUUUGCAGAAGCCGCCGACGUUCAAUCGCCAGCGCAUUGCGUAUAGUUGCAUGACAAGGUACUACGACAUUACCAAGGCGCGAAGGAGAUUAGGCUACAAGCCGCUCGUGAGUCUGAGUGACGGGGUCAGGAAAACGGUCAAGUGGACACUGGAGGCGCAGCAGGAGGCAGUUGGAGGAAAGUUGUAGCUCUGACGUUUGUCUCUGGGACUACGAAGAGUCCUCCGUGUACCAUAAUCCAGGGGCUGUAGUCAUUGAAAACCCUCGAUAUGUGCUCCCCGAGGUAGCUAUUGCAUGUAGAAUAAU